AUGCUCAGAAUUAAUAUUGUUUAUACUGAAAGUAUUAAAAUAGAUCCAACAAAAUGUCCGUCUGUGGACAAUGGUGAUGAAUUAACACAAGCAGAAUUCAUAGCACGAUUAACGGAUGAUUGUCGAUAUGAUCGAUUAUCGCGUCCUACAAAUGUAUAUCCAUUACAUGUUUAUACACAACUUUAUAUUUAUCAUUUGGAGGCAGCUGCUGGACAUGAUUUGCAAUUUAAAGUACACAUGCUUGUACAAUUUCGUUAUUUGGAUACACGUUUGGCAUACAGUAAGAAAUCACCAAAACGUUCACAAAUUAUUGGUGAAUCAUUAUUACGUGAUAAAAUAUGGGUUCCACAUGUAUUUAUGACAAAUGAAAAAGAUAGUUAUUUAAUGGGAAGUGAAGCGAAAGAUGUAUUGGUUCGUAUUUCGCCAAUUGGUGAAGUUACUUUCUCUACACGUAUUAGUGCAUCACUGUAUUGUUGGAUGAAUUUACAAAAGUUUCCAUUUGAUGAACAAGAUUGCAAUAUUCGAUUUGAGAGCUGGACCUAUAAUACAACUGAUUUGAAACUACAUUGGGAAAAAGAUGUUCCUGUUUCCUUAGGAAAUCAAUUACAUUUAACUGAAUUUUCAUUAACACGAUAUUGGACGAAUAGUUCAGAAGUAAAAGCAACGCAAAUGAUUCACCUUCAUGGAGCUUUUGUUGGAAAUUAUAGCCGAAUAACAUUUACAUUUCAUUUAAAACGUGAAAUUGGUUUUUAUCUGUUGGAUUAUUUUAUACCAUCAAUGAUGAUUGUCGCAAUUUCGUGGGUUACUUUUUGGAUUCAAGCUGAUAAUUCAGCACCACGUGUUACACUAGGAACAAGUACAUUACUAUCGUUUAUAACAUUGGCAUCAUCUCAGGGAAAAAAUUUACCGAGGGUGUCUUAUAUCAAAGCAAGUGAAAUAUGGUUUUUAGGUUGUACAGGAUUCAUUUUUGGAUCGUUAGUUGAAUUUGCAUUUGUGAAUACUAUAUGGCGACAGAAACAAAAUAUCGAAUUAAAAAAAGUAAAUAGUAAAUAUAUAUUAAAAUCAACAUUAACACCGAAAUUACAUCGGAAAGAAUUACAAAAAUUUGGUAGUAAUUCAAGUAAUUUACACAAAUCACAUUCAUGUUCGAGUCUACAAAAUGAAAUAAAUAAUGCUAAUAAUAGUUACAACAAUUAUUUAACUGUUCACAACUUUCCAAGUCGGACCAACGUACCAAUAAUAACGACACAAAGUGUUGAUGAUCUAGUUACUGAUUCAAAUGAUUCCAAAGAUUCAAUUGCAAUCGACAUUGACAAUAUUACAGGUCAAGCUACGCACACAAAUCCAUUUGCUGGUUGGACAACAAUGACACCACAAGAAAUUGCUCAGUGGAUUGACAAGCGGUCUCAAUUAAUGUUUCCUUGUGCAUUUUUGGUAUUUAAUUUGUUGUACUGGUCAUUUGUUUACGUACUUUAAAGGUACUCAAUUGAAUACUUUGAUAUAAAAUCAAAAUAAAUUUUCCGCUGCAGGAAAUUAUCAAAUUUAUCCACUGUGAUAUUAUGGGUAUACAUAUUUAUCCAUACUUCCAUUAUAUAUGUUUGUAAAUUUUGAUUUUAAAAGCAAUUUGAUCAAAAUUAUCUAUUUCGGGCAAUUAGUGUAGCCCUUGCGCUUGUUCUGCAAUGAAUUCAAAUCCACGAAAUAAAUGGAUUUAAUUCACGUUGGAAAGAAUAAUGAAGAAAGAAGGCAGAAAAUUGUAUUGAAAAAUAUCAACUAUAAAUUUUGAAAAUAGGUUUAAGUUUAUAAUUAUAAUCGUUUAUUAUUCUUUUGUGGCCAAAAUAAGAUAAUAAGACAUCAAAAAAUUCGACCAUUAUUUGUUUUACAAAUUCAAUUUGUUGAAUAACGAAAAAUACCAGUGCAUAUAUUAUGAUUCAACUAUGCUUCUAAACCCUCCCAUUAGUCGUAGACGCGGGAGACUACUUUCUGUAGGAAAGAAUGUGCUGGGCAAACUACCUUUCUUGCGAAGAAGACUUUUGGACCAAAGUAACCAGACCGGAGAAUGUAGACACAUAACAUGUCAUUAUUUUUAGAAAAGGAGUUACUGUUUUUCUGCCACUAUCCCACAGUUGACUCGGGCGCUUUUUUUGUCUUCGUAACUUCGUAAAUCUACUUGAGGCCCUCCAAGAGAGCUUUUGACCAAAGAUUUAUUUGCUGCAUUCUUCUUUUCUUCUAUUUGUACACUUUUUAUUUGGUUUCGUAAAUUUACAUCAUAAUAAUACAUGGGCAUACCUAGAGUGUGGUCCACGUAUUUUGGAAUACUUACCCGACAGUUGCCACCCCUGCCUUCGAUUCGAUACGACCAUGGAAUCAUAUACAAACGAUUGUGUAUUAGAAACAAUCUUCGUUGUUAUAAAAAUCUUAGUCAGAGCCCGUAUUCGCAAUAUUAAUGCUCAAUACUUAUUCGCAGCCCCUAAAAAGAUUCUAUUCUAAACGAUAAUUCAAACUACGGCAAUAUUUAUGAGAUCUUCAGAGGCGGACUUACAUUUUUUCCACCCAGGCACCACGGUUGACUCAGGCGUGGAUUUAGAACGAAACUUUGUAUAAACGGCAUAAACUUUACGGUCAAAAGUCAAAAUAAUUUUAUUUCCCCUGUUACACUGCCGUCCCUACGCUAUGGCGAUGAUGGCGUAGGUCAUAGUCCGUCUCCGAAGAUCUUCCAGAAGAAGAAAAUCGAUACUACAGUAUUAACAAUAAGUGGCAUAAAAGAAGUGAGUAAUACUCGAUAUGUUGUUUUCGAUAGUAGUAGAAAUAUUAAACCAUAAAACUUUAAAACAAUUUAUUUACAAAACCAAAAAUCUUUACAUUCCAAGUUUAUAAAAAUGCGUAAACUGUUUAAAAUUGCAUCAAUA